AUGAUUACUGAGCUCGAGAUGGGGAAAGGUGAGAGUGAGCUGGAGCUCGGUCUACGGCUCAGCCUCGGCGGUGGAACGGCGGCGAAGAUUGGUAAAUCAGGUGGUGCUGGUGUCGGCGGCGCGUGGGGAGAGCGUGGGAGGCUUUUGACUGCUAAGGAUUUUCCUUCUGUUGGCUCUAAACGAGCUGCUGAUUCUUCCUCUCACGCUGGUGCUUCUCCUCCUCGUUCAAGUCAAGUUGUGGGAUGGCCUCCGAUUGGGUCUCACAGGAUGAACAGUUUGGUCAACAACCAAGCAACAAAGUCUGCUAAGGAAGAAGAAGAAGCUGGGAAGAAGAAAGUGAAAGAUGAUGAGACUAAAGAUGAUGUGACAAAGAAAGUGAACGCGAAAGUGCAAGUUGGGUUUAUUAAAGUGAACAUGGAUGGAGUUGCUAUAGGAAGAAAAGUUGAUUUGAAUGCUCAUUCUUCUUACGAGAACUUGGCUCAGACACUCCAAGACAUGUUCUUUCGCACGAAUCCGGGAACUAUCGGGUUAACGAGUCAGUUCACUAAACCGUUGAGGCUUUUAGAUGGAUCGUCUGAGUUUGUACUUACUUAUGAAGAUAAAGAAGGAGAUUGGAUGCUUGUUGGUGAUGUCCCAUGGAGAAUGUUUGUCACCUCGGUGAAGAGACUUCGAGUGAUGAAAACCUCUGAAGCUAAUGGACUCGCUGCAAGAAAUCAAGAACCGAACGAGAGACAAAGAAAGCAACCGGUUUAG